AUGCUUCUAUAUCUCGAACUAAUCUUUAAAAUCAUCCAUACCGUAUGUUUCUUAAUUGGCUGCUUCUUUAAUUUAUUUCUCUGCUACGUGGCAAUAUUCCAUAGUCCGUUUAUUAUAAAAACCUAUUCUGUCAUUGUCCUAAAUGUGGCUCUUACAAAUCUCGGAGGUCUAGUUUGUGAUUUUUUGUUGCAACAGAGAAUGAUACCAUCUGGAUUCAACUUAUUCUAUAUCUCAUAUGGACCAUGUGUGAAAGCUGGACCGGAACUGUGUUUUGAUAUCUAUGGAAUAAUGCUCCAUUUUUAUUCGCAUUCUCUUUGGCUUCUCUUCCUUGCUUUCGCCUAUCGUUACUAUGUAAUGCACCGCAAUGAGCCAAGUAGAUGGAGCCUUCAAUUAACUAUUUUUCUGGUUUAUAUUCCAUCAUUCAUAAUGAUGACAGCCUUGCUUUUGGAUCAUGCUGAUCCUUCAAUAGUUCGAAAAAUGCUGAAAUCGCGACUCCCAGAAUAUAAAUUAUCUGGUCUAGUGAUCACUGGUUCGGUGGAUAGUACACAAUUUGCUGCGAUGUUCGCAAUCAUUCAUAUGACUGUGUUGAGUACUCCUAUAACCAUUGGGAUUUGGAUUUUAAGGAGAAUAAUAAUUCAAAAAUUGACAUAUAAAGGGGUAGAUUUGACUAGAAAAACGAAGAAUCUGCAUGCACAAUUGUUGAAGGCUCUCACUCUGCAAGCCACAAUUCCUGUUUUCUAUCUUCUCGGUGUCAUUUUCUACUUCAUUGGACAAUUUGGAAUGUGGUCCCAUCCCAUCAUCGAAUUCUCAAUUUUCACAUCUUUCCUAAUUGUUCCCAUUUUAACCCCAGUAUCAUCUUUAAUUUAUGUCAGCCCGUAUAAGCGAUUUGUGUUGAAAAAAGGUGAAUGGAAAAGAUUCGAAAUCUAA